UUCUCUCUACUCAUCAGCAGCAGACAGUUUUUACGUUUCGUCUUCAGCCAUUGAUUACCAUGGUUCCUCCUCCCAAAACCGCCAAGAUAAGGCACAGAUGCGUUGCUUGCUACAAGAUGUUCAAUAGACGGCAACACCUGGUUGAGCACAUGAAGAUUUCGCACCAUUCACUUCAUCAGCCUCGCUGUGGGGUUUGCUUCAAGCACUGUAAAUCCUUCGAAUCUGUUCGGGAACACCUUAACGUUCCGGACCAUCUAUUCAAAGGAGACUGCAAGUCCAUUUUCUCUGAACGAGGCUGUUCUCUCUGUCUUCAAAUAUUUGAGGACGCCACUGCUCUCUCUGACCAUAAAAACAAGUGCCACCUCUCUGCACCUCUUCCUCUUGUAAGUUUCCUUUUCCUUUGUGUCUCUGCCUAUAACUUAGAUGGAAAAUAUAAGGCGUCUUUGCUCUUCGAUUCAUGUCAGGUCAAUGUCAAUCCUCCUAGGACUCUUGGUGUUAAUACACGUCUCAAGGCAGUGGCAAUUGACUGUGAAAUGGUUGGUGGUGGUGAUGAUGGGUCUAUUGAUCUCUGCGCAUCUGUUUGCCUCAUUGACGAAGACGAGCAUGUCAUCUUUUCUACUCACGUCCAGCCUCAACUCCCUGUCACCGAUUACAGACACAAGGUAACUGGACUGAGCCAAGAAGAUUUGAAGAAUGGUAUGGUGCUUGAGAAUGUACGAGAAAAAGUGUUAUCCAUCUUGUGCGGUGGACAUAAUGAUGGGGCUGGGAGGCUUCUUCUUGUGGGACAUGACCUUAGGCAUGAUAUGAAAUGCUUGAAACUCCAAUAUCCUAGCCAUUUGUUGAGAGACACAGCAAAAUACGUGCCAUUGAUGAAAACAAAUCUUGUAAGCCAAUCACUCAAGUACCUCACAAGGUCAUAUCUCGGAUACAAGAUACAAUGCGGGAAGCACGAGCCAUACGAGGACUGUGUAUCUGCGAUGAGGCUGUACAAGAGAAUGCGGGAUCAAGAGCAUGGAAAGGCAGAGAAAGAAGAAGGGGAUGGACUGAACUCGUGGAAACAGAGCGAGCUAGAGAAGAUGAAGCCGGAAGAGCUCUACCACAACUCCACUUCAGAGUACCGCUGCUGGUGCCUUGACCGCCGUUGAAAUCCAAGUCUCUCUCAUAAAUAGCAUAGCCAGCUCCUCUUAUUUUCUUAAAGUACUUGUUAGAGAGCUUUCGGGUGUUUUUCUUUUGGAUUUAAGCAACUGCGUUUGUGUGACUGGGUGGCUGGCUUCUUCUAGACCAUAACAGAAGCAGCUCUCGAACUUGUAUAAAGAAAGGGAUAGGCUCCUUCCUCUACAUAUUAUAUAACUUAGGGUAUUCAGUUCAAAGUAGUGGGUACUAAAAUGAAACUAGUACUGUAUUCUCUCUCUCUUUCAACCUUUUAAUAAAAGUC